AUGUCGCUCCCCGAGGCCGAGCCCCGUUCCCGGGAGGAGCCCCCGGCGGCGGAGGAAGCGGCGCCGUCGCCCCCCGGCUCCGAGCCCGCCGUUCCUCCCGCCGCUCCUCCCGCUCCUCCCGGCGCCGUGCGCGGGGCGGGGCCGCCCUCCCCGGGCCCGGAGCGGCCCUCGGAGCCGGCGGCGGGAGCCAUGGCCGAGGCCGAUCGGGAGCUGCGCGUCCGCUUCAUCGAGCCGGAGGAGGCCGAGACGGAGGCGGGGGCGGCCGGCGGCCGAGGCGGGGACGGGGCCGUGCUGCGCUGGUGCACCACCGGGGUGCUCUGCGCCUCCUUCGUGGGGCUGGGGUUGAGCAUCGCGGUGCUGGGUCCCACCUUCCCCAACCUGGCCGCCAAUGUCGGCAAGAACGUCAGCGACAUGUACUACAUCUUCGUGGGCCGGUCCCUGGGCUAUCUGGGCGGGUCGGUGGUCGGCGGGGUGCUCUUCGACUGCAUGAACGCUGCUCUGCUGCUCGCCUUAUCCAUGCUUGGAACAACGGCUGGUCUUUAUGUGAUACCCUGGUGUAAGGAAUCCCUGCUAUUAACAAUCUUGAUGUCAGUUAUUGGAGGUUCCAUGGGAAUUCUGGACACAGGUGCCAAUGUACUGGCACUGAAUACCUGGGGGUCAGAGUCUGGGCCACACUUGCAGGCUUUGCACUUCAGUUUUGCUGCUGGUGCAUUUCUGGCUCCGAUCUUGGCUAAAAUGGCCUUGGGGGGUUCUGAAUCCGAAGAACUUGCAGGAGCUGGAAAGACAAACCAGUCUGUCUUGAAGUCUCUGCCAACAGCAUCGGCUGCAUCAACUACACCAGCACCGAAAGACCAUCACGAUGAAGAUUUUCUGUGGUCCUAUAUUAUCAUAGGGACCUAUAUUCUCUUAGUUUCCAUCUUCCUUUUUGUUUUGUAUUCAAAGAGCGGCUCAGCUAGAAACAAAUCAAAGGCUUCCGCGCAGAAGGGCAGGCUUGCCAAAUACCACUGGCCUCUAGUUGGUCUCCUGUUCGUAUUCUUCUUGUUCUACGUGGGAGCAGAGGUCACUUACGGCUCUUACGUAUUUACUUAUGCAACGGUCUUCGCCGAGAUGACGGAAAGCGAAGCAGCUGCUUUGAAUUCUGUCUUCUGGGGCGCCUUUGCCGUGUGCAGAGGAGUGGCGAUAUUCGGUGCUGCCUUCCUGUCCCCUGCCACCAUGAUCGUGAUGAGUCUCGCGUGCUCUGCUGCCUCCUCGUCGGCCCUGGCCUUCCUUGCACAUUACCGAGCCUUGCUGUGGGUGGGAACUGCCGUGUACGGAGCAUCCAUGGCCACCGUCUUCCCCAGCGGCAUUUCCUGGAUAGAGCAGUACACGGUUAUCGAAGGAAAAUCGGCUUCUCUCUUUGUGGUGGGCGGGGCGCUGGGCGAGAUGUGCAUUCCUGCCGUGGUGGGCUAUCUCCAGGGCAGGUUCCACCACUUCCCUGUCAUUACCUACGCUGCCUUUGUCACUUCUGUCAUGACAGUCGUGCUCUUCCCCGUGAUGUACAAACUGGCCAACGCUCCCCAGGAGAAUGACUUGAAAGAAGCGAGUGACAGCGAGACCCGGAAAGCUUUGUUGACAAACUCAAGGCAUACUGAGGAUGAGGAGGAUGAGGAUGUGAGAGAGUGGAACGAUGCGGACUUUGAGGUCAUAGACAUGAAUGACAAGCUGAAAAACUCUCUGACAGACACCUCCCGUAGGAUACCGGGGGACUCUCCAGCUGAAGACUCUCUCCAGCCCCACCUGGACAAUGUAUUGGGCGAUCCUCCAGUGCUUGCUGGUGGCUCCCCUGGGAGACAAAAUGGGAAUGUUGAUUGGGAGAAGAGUGAAUAGAGUCAAACUGACUUUUUUUUUGAUGGAAAUGCAAUUGAAUUGUCACUGUUGUCAACUGGUUCAGGAAUCCUUUCAUAGUGGGGCAGAGCUCAGCGUGUUCGUUUGCCCAGCCCUUUCUCCUCUUUCAUUUUCAGCCUGCGGGACUGUGUCUUGGAGUGGGAAGGUCCUUGGUGAUGUGAAUGGGGCAACAUGAUACGUUUGGCUAUGCCAAAACUGUUAAAACCUAAGAGAUGUUUUCUAAAUGCGAGACAUGAAUCCAAGGAGGAGAUGCUCUAACAACAGGGUAAAAAGGGGACUGCUCAGACUACUCAGUUUCUUGAGGUGGGUGAAAGGUGCAGGUCUGAGGUGCUUUGUCCAAAAUGGUUUCAUGAGAGAGGAGAGAGAUCUGUUAUCGGUAAUGCUGAACUUUCUUACCUUGUAGAGGAGGAAUGUUUCUCUGCCUUUGAAAGUUAUGUGAUCAGAUCAGAUAAAAUUUCUGGUGAUGCCCAGCAGCUGUAAAUUGAAUAACCUUUUGGCAAAUUAUAGGAAUUUUUGGAUCUAUGGCAAAGACAAGAAAAAAAUGGAAAUUAUUUCUUGGGAGUGAAACCAUGCUUUUGGGUCAUUUAAAAGCAGUUUAUGAGAAAGGGCAAAAAAAGGGUCAUUGUUUAUCUGCUCAAAUGCAUAACUCCAACCUACUAAACAGUGGCAACAAAUCUAAAUAAUCUAAAGUAUAUGUGAUUUUAAUUAUGGCACGAUCACUGAAAUCAACAAAUGUAUGCAGAAGAUGAUAAAACUGUUGUAAUUUUUGAAUGGUUUGGUUUGGAAGGGACCUUUAAAGAUCAUCCAGUUCCAACCUGCUGCCAUGGCAGGGACACCUUCCACUGGACCAGGUUGCUUAGAACUCUAUCCAGACUGACUUUGAAAGGGUCCUUGGAUGGGGCCCCCACAACUUCUCAGGACAACCUGUUUCAGUGCCUCACCACUCUCAGAGGAUAGAUUUUUUUUCUGAUAUCUAAUCUAAACCUACUCUCUUUCAGUUUGAAGCCAUUCUCCCUUGUUCUAUCACUACAUGCUCUUGUAAAAAGUCUCACUCCAUUUUUCUUCCUGGCUCCCUUCAGGUAAAAGAGAUUACUUAAUAUAUGGUAUUUUUAAGCCAGUUGUUUAAAUUAAAGUUAUAGCAACUUCUCUGGCUUCCUGUGCUAAGACUUUAACAGGGUAACAUGUUAAAAUGAAGAUUUGAGAAGGAGAGGGAAUUACCAAUGAGACAAUCCUUUCCAGUAUGACUACUUGCCCCUGGCCAGGUGGAUUGGUGACAUUUGGGUUUUAUUUCUUUGGGGCUUGACAUGGAGAUGGGACUCUCCCUAGCGGAGAACCUGUGGUUUGUAUGUGUAGGUUCACUGCUGCUAAGCAGGAAGACCUGGGCAGGUGCAGCCAUGCCAGGGAGUCCUGCCAGUAAGAGAAAAAAGAAAAAAGAGGAGCAACAAAUGGCAAAAUCUGUCUCUGAAUAGUAAUCUUGCCAUUUGUCAGCUUGGAACUCCAAAUCAGUUAAGCGUUCUUUUAAGCCUGUGAUCAGAAUGUACUCUUGUUUGGGGUUUUUAACUUUGCACUUUUAUUAGCAUUUUUCUUGCUACAAGGUUUCAUUUAGUAACAAAAGGGCUCUAGGUGUAACAUACCACAGAAUCUUAGAUGUUCCCUGGAUUUCCAGGUCUGCUUUUGUUCCCUCUCUUGUCCUCCAAGUGUACAACCUAGGCUUGCAUAGCUUUUUUCCUUUCUUAGAAGUUAGUAAGAAGCCGGAACCAACUUGUUGUGGAAGUUUUUUUGUUAAUAUCUUGCCAUAUUGCAGGGCCUCCCUCUCCCGCUGGCCACUUAAAUGCCAGUGUUUUUGACGGAUUCCUCCUGUGGCAGCUUUUUCCAGUGCAGUGCAUCAACCUGCACUUUAAAUGAAGCCUUGUUUCACUUCUGGCACAAGGGUUCUGUUUGCUUACAGGAUUGGUAGGGGCUCGUAAAUGCCAGGCGCAAUCCUGGCCAAGGCACAGGUGACAGCAGUGAGUCCGCGUGGCCCCGUGUGCUUAGCUGGUUUGACGUGGAAGCAAACGGUGUGGUAGGCACGGAGAGUGGAUGGAAUGAGGGCAGCUGGAGCCUGCAUUUCCCUGUUUUUCCUCUUCCCAUAUCUCCUGCAUGCUGCUCCGUGUGUGUAGAAAGUAGGGGGGUGUCAGCUGAGGGUGACGACAAUCCCACUGCUGGAGGGGGAGGGAAAAGGUGCAGGACACACAAUGAAAAAUAUGGAAACUUCUGUGGCAGCUCCCCAUUGGACAUGCCAUCCCCCUGGCUUCACCUGCCUUGAUGUCAUUAUAGAAAAGAUUCCCCAUACCCGAGAUCGUGUUGCCAGAAGAAAAUUAUUUAAAGAAAGAUACUGGGCAAUUAGGAAGAUUCUAAAAUCCCCCAGUUCAUAUGCUAAUUUUUGAUGAAAUUCCAGAUAUUGUAAGACUGUUCUCAGGGAUAGUUUACAUGGAUAGUUUAUAUCAUCUGCAUAACCAAGUACUAAAAAAAAAAAAACCCAGAAAAUUAAAUCAAAGCGCCAUUGGGAAAUAUGCUUUAAUUUCUUACAAGCUUAUCUAUUGUAUAUACACACACAGUUAUUUGUGUUUCUGACCCGUGUCUUCCCAGCAAAUGUAAAAAUAUUGCACAAAACAAAGUUGGGGUUUUUUUACUGCCUUUAUUAACUCCUGUGUGAAUAACUUCAAUUCAUCCACCUUUCCUCCUUAAAAAGCAGCAGGCCUGCGUAGUAGGAAUGGAGCAACAGGCUGGAAUGCUAAGGUAAGAGCAGCCUUCUUCCAUGAAUAAAGUAUCCAAAAAGCAGUGGCUGUAAGACAGUGGAAGCAGAAGUAUUAUCAGUGGAAAGUGAUUCUAUAUAGACGUGUGGAGACUCGCCUAAAUUUAGAGUCACCGUAGUGAGGACUCGGAGCCUUCAGUGUCUUAGUUCCGGUCUUAAAAUGGAGCUGGGAUGGAUGGACAGAAAGUGUUCUCCUUAUCUCCUAACCAGCCUGCAGGGCUGCCCUGCAGAGGCUGCCCUUGACUGAAAAUUAAAUGCUUGAAGCAAUUUAAGUUUAAAACAAGAUCUAGGACAUUUCCAAGGAUGAGUCUGGCUCAUACCACUUCUAGGCACCCUUGAUGGUCAAGGCUUAGCUCCCUGCUCUUGGAUUUUGGUGUUCCUCAAGGCUUUUUUUCAGACAGUGAAUAUUGGUUUUCAUAUGUUUAAAUUUCCUUUCAAACCUGGCAUACACAGCUGAAGUGAGGAUCCAUUUACAGUGCAGAUCUAUUUUAAGUAACAGGUCCUCCAGACAGCUCAAGUAUUUACAUGUUAGGGGUUGAAAUUACUUGAAGUAACUGCAUUACAUUACUAUUGCCCUGGCUUAUGCUGGAAAAGCCAUCCUUCUGUUAAGGACGAGAACUUUAAUCCAUGAUACAUGAAUUUGAUAAGAAUCCUAUUUUUGUCCACAAACCCAGGAACAGUUUGAAGAUGAGUGCUCUGCUCCAGUGUGAAAGGUAACCUCUUGCAGCUGUCAUUUAAUACUUUAUUUAUCCCGAGGCACUGCCAAGUGCUGGACUGUACUGCAAACACCUCACUCCUGGCAUUUGCACUUUCAUUCUGUACAUGACCAAUGCUUGAAUGUAAAACCAGGCAAAGUUUUACGCCUUGAUGUUUUUUUGGUUUUUUUUUUUACAGUUACUUUGCAUACAAGUGCAUUGCAAUCUGUGCAUGUUCUACUAUAUAUGUAAUAGUUUCUAUUCUGCUCACUGUGGGUUUUACAUUGUACUGUGUAAUGUGACAUUUAACAGACUGACUCAUGUCUUGACUGUAAUAAAUUCUUAUCUGGAGAAGGCACUCAGGUUCCUUGAUGUAAAUAAAGUUUUAUUUUUCAAACCUC